CGGGAGGCUGCGGCAACGAGGCCAAGGUCACCGGCUGCAGCUGCGGGCCGCCUACAGCAGCGGCAAGUCCGGGGGGGACCAGGCGGCCGGCGAGGGGGGAGCCGCCAAGGAGGCGGGGGAGGCGAACGAUGCGGCUGGGAAUAAGCAAAGGCAAAAACCUGGACUUCUGCCUAGCCUGGAAGAUCUACUUUUUUACACAAUCGCUGAAGGUCAAGAAAGGAUUCCAAUUCACAAGUUCAUCACUGUUCUCAAGACCACAGGGCUGAGAACAUCUGAUCCUCGACUGAAGGAAUGUAUGGACAUGCUUAGGACAAAUGUCCAGUCAGCUUCUGAAGGAGUUAUGUUGGACAAAGAACUUUUUAAAAAGUGUGUAGGAAGUAACAUUGUCUUGCUCACUCAAGCUUUUAGGAGGAAGUUUGUCAUUCCAGACUUUGAGAUAUUUACUUCCCACAUAGAUAGUCUUCAUGAAACCGCCAAAAAGACUUCAGGAGGAAAGGUAAAGCAUUCUGGAAGAAAGGUUGCUGAUUAUAUUCCACAGUUGGCUAAAUUUAGCCCAGAUUUGUGGGGCGUGUCUUUGUGCACAGUGGAUGGACAAAGGCAUUCCAUUGGAGAUACUAAAGUUCCCUUUUGUCUUCAGUCUUGCGUGAAACCAUUAAAAUAUGCUAUUGCUAUCAAUGAUCUUGGCACAGAGUAUGUUCAUCAAUAUGUAGGUAAAGAACCCAGUGGAUUACGAUUCAACAAGCUCUUCCUAAAUGAAGAAGAUAAACCACAUAAUCCUAUGGUAAAUGCUGGAGCCAUUGUGGUUACGUCCCUUAUAAAGCAGGGAUUAAGCAACGCUGAGAAAUUUGACAGUGUCAUGCAAUUCUUGAAUCAGAUGGCUGGAAAUGAGUAUGUUGGAUUUAAUAAUGCUACAUUUCAGUCUGAAAGAGAAUCUGGAGAUCGAAAUUUUGCUAUUGGAUAUUACCUGAAGGAGAAAAAGUGUUUUCCAGAAGGCAGUGAUAUGACUAGUAUACUGGAUUUUUAUUUCCAGCUGUGCUCCAUUGAAGUAACCUGUGAAUCUGGCAGUGUAAUGGCAGCAACAUUGGCCAACGGUGGCAUCUGCCCGAUCACAGGAGAGAGGGUUCUGAGCCCUGAGGCUGUUAGGAACACGCUGAGUUUGAUGCAUUCCUGUGGCAUGUAUGACUUUUCGGGCCAGUUUGCCUUUCAUGUUGGCCUUCCAUCAAAAUCCGGAGUGUCUGGUGGUAUUUUGCUGGUGGUACCAAAUGUGAUGGGUAUCAUGUGUUGGUCGCCCCCUCUGGACAAACUUGGCAACAGUGUUAAGGGUAUUCAAUUCUGUCAUGAUCUUGUCUCUCUAUUUAAUUUCCACAAUUAUGACAACCUGAGGCACUUUGCAAAGAAACUUGAUCCCCGGAGGGAGGGUGGUGAAGUACGGGUGAAGUCGGUGAUAAACCUUCUCUUUGCUGCAUAUACAGGAGAUGUAUCUGCUCUCAGGAGAUUUGCUUUGUCUGCCAUGGACAUGGAACAGAGAGAUUAUGACUCAAGAGCAGCAUUGCACGUGGCGGCAGCAGAGGGUCACGUGGAGGUGAUUCGCUUUUUGCUGGAAGCUUGCAAAGUCAGCCCUUUCCCAAAGGACAGGUGGGGCAACACUCCAUUAGAUGAGGCCAUUCACUUCGGUCACCAUGACGUCGUGUCCAUCCUUCAGGAGUAUCAGAACAAUUAUAAGCACCCAGAGGACUCAAACAACGGAAAAGGAAAGCACUCCCAGGAGAACAUAGACAGCAUGAUCCACUGAACCGAAGCUGCUGUCUUUCGUUACUGUAAAUGUUUGUAAGUAAAUGUUACAAAGGGAUGCAAAUGAUUCAGUGACAAAACAAGGUUCCGCUGAUCGGAUUCAUACAAAAUCUGCAUUGUGACAAUGUGAAUGCACUUGAGGUUUUACUAGUUUUUGAAAGUAGACAUCCAUAUGUCAGUUUUAGGACUAAUGUACUAUUACAAAGGGACCUGACUGUAGGCAGGUUAAAUGACUUGUCAAGAGUGUUUUAAUGGACUUUCAGAAUCAAAGUUUUUUUUUAUUGGUUAAAGUUUUAGUUGAAGACGUUUGUUUAUUUGAGGACAGAUUCAUGUCAUCAUGCCUGUGCCUCCGUGAUAAGUAACAGUACAAGGUUUUGACUUUGUCUUAUGGUCUGUGAAUUCAGCACCUGCUCAAGAUCAACAGUAUCUAAAUGACACCAAAAAACAGCUCAUUUAUAUAAUCCUAAGGGCAAUAAAUCAAGUUGAUUGUAGUUUGAUGGCUGUAAAUACAGUUUAUCAGAUCACGUUCAAUUUUCAUGCAGUAUGGAAACAGUAUUCUGAAUGUAUGGCUGCAGAUUGUAUUUUAUCUGCACACACCGCUAGUAUGGUCUCAAUUACAUUGUUACAUUUGCUACAUAAUGGGAUUUUGUUGGAAAUGCAGAUGAAUUUUGUUACAUUCUUGACGAGCCUUUCAAUAUCUUAAUUAUGUUGGUAAUUCCGAACACUGGUCCAUUUUGGCUUCAUAAGGUUUCGGGAACUAUGUUUUUCAAAAGCCACAUUUGCAUCCCUGGAAAGUGACACCAGCUCUUUAAAGCAAACAUUAAUUUAUGUUGUGUGUGCUGUAAGACUGAGCUGCCGGCAUUUGUUUGAGGUAUGUGCUUUGGAUCUUUUUGGAAAGAUUCCAGGAUUGCAGCAAUGUGGGUUUUGUUCUCGACCUGUUUUUUUUUUAAAAAAAACUAUUUUAUUGCAAUUGCACACUGUACGAGUUGCUUCUCUGGCGUAAAAAGUCAAAGCUCAAAGAUAUACGUUUGCUCAAUCCAGGGGCAAGAUUAGCCUCAUAUUUAAGCUAGUGUAUGAUCUCUGGCUGUAAUUGUGUUUCUCGGUAUUGACGCACGCACGCACAUAUUUAUAUAUAUAUAUAUAUAUAUAUAUACAUACACACACGUGUUUGCGUGUGUAUAUAUAUAUAUCUCUUUCUAAGCUGUGGAGUGACAAUGCUGAAUGUACUUGGUAAUGGCAAUCAAUUUUUCCUGUGUACUGCUGCAUAUUUCCUAUCUGAAAUGUAACUUGUAAGUGUUGCUGGCAAUGCAAAGUAUUUAUCUACUAGAUAUAGAAAACCAGGUACAAAAUGUAUACAAUAAAAACAGAUUAAGAAAUUA